ACCAGUUCCAGCUGAGUCCACUACGCCCGCAUUGCUCUUUAAGUCAUAAUCGUACCUCAAUUCUCCGCAGUUUUUCAUCUUUCAAUGGAACCCUAAGAUUAAAUCCCACAAACCUCACGAAAUUAAUCCCAUGGAAAACUUCUCCUGCUCCUCUUAUCCGGAAUCCGGCGAUUCUUCGCCUCGUUCUCGAGAAAUCGAAUGCGAAAACCAGUCAUGGGACGAGCCGCCGUCGAUGAACGCUACUAAUAAUGCUAAUUAUAAGGUUAAGUUUAUGUGCAGUUAUGGGGGCAAAAUCCAACCGCGUUCACAUGAUAACCAGCUCGCUUACGUAGGAGGAGAUACGAAGAUCCUGGCCGUUGAUCGCAACAUUAAGUUUUCUGCUAUAAUGGCCAAGUUGUCUUCUCUUUACGGUGGGGGUUCUGAGGUUUGUUUCAAGUAUCAGCUUCCCGGUGAAGAUCUGGACGCUUUGAUUUCCGUUACGAAUGAUGAAGAUCUGGAGCAUAUGAUGAUGGAAUAUGAUCGGUCUCAUCGUGUCUCCACCAAACCGGCCCGGUUGAGGUUGUUCUUGUUCCCGUUGAACCCACCGCUGGUGGCGUCGGGAUUCGAAGGUAGUGAUCCGAAGUCUGAUCGGCAAUGGUUCGUUGACGCCUUGAAUUCGGUUCAGAUUCAGAACCUUGAUGCCACUUCGCAUCCAGCCGCUGCGAUGCCGGCGGCGAAUCCCGAUUUCCUCUUCGGAUUGGAUAAGGUGAAGACGCUGGAUUCUGUCCCUCCCCCGGCUGCGGCAGUUACCCAGGAAGUUGUUGUGAAGGAUGUAACGGUGGGAUCGGACUGUGGAUCGGAGGACAGGCAUGUGAUUGUGGACCCAAUGAUGUCUCCAGCAGAGAUCCAGAGGCAGAUCCAUGAGUUACAGAAUAUGCAUAUAUCUGCUACUCAAGAACAAGGCAUUAUGCAGAGAAAAGUCGAUGGAUCAAAUGAUAGAGCUUACAAUGUUCAAGAUUAUUCUCAGAUGGCAGAUAAGAUCGCCCCUUCACCAGCACCAGUAUCAGCUCCGAUGCAAGUGCCGAUUCAAACUGCGUAUUUAACCAACGCUGCUUAUCCAGUACCUGCGGCCGCAGCCGCUGCCCUGGGAAACCAACCGGUUUACCUGAUUCCAGCUCCUGCUGCUGGUGUUUAUCAGCAGCCUCCAACAAUACGACAGAUGACCAUACCAGGCGGUCAACCUUAUUAUGGUGUACAGCAUGUUGUUCAGGAUGUUUACCGAGAGCAGCCGGUUUACAAUGCGAUGCCAGCCUCAAAGGUUGCUGCUUAUCCUGAGGGAAUCCCAGUUAUGCUGCCCAAGAGUGGUGUGCCUGAGUCAGGAUAUGUACAGGUGGCUUAUGACGGGGCUGGAAGGCAGGUGUAUUUCACAGCGGCGCCAUACCAGGCGAUUGCACCGGUGACGCCUGCGGGUGGUGUUUCGGCAAUAAAUCAGGAUGGUAAAGUUUCGGUGAACGCUAAGGUUCCUCCCCAAUCUUCAUCUGCGUGAUUUGAAUUAACAAUUUGAUGGUAUUGUUUUGUUUGUCAAGUUAUAACUAUAAUAGGUUUUGGUGAAUUCUUCGAUGUCUUAUGGAACUUUUCAACAAUUUAUUUUAUUUUAUUUUAUUUUUUA